GUCCAUUCCUCUCUGAUUUAGGCUGUCGCUGUGGACACGACCACAGCUUGAAGGGCGACGGGAGCGAGUGGGUGUGAAAAGGGGCGAGUAUAAAGUAUGUGGCAUCAUUUCAUCACUGCACUCGAGCUGACGGAGAGCCCCGGGAGAGAUCUACUGCGCACAUUCAGCACCAUGGAAUUGUUUUUUGACCAAUCGUUCGAUCUGGUUAAAAAAAUAAGCGUGGAGACAGAAAGAGAUUUUAUUUUCAACACAAGCAUGGUCCAGUUGACAGAUGUAACAGCCGAGCACUCGCUGUCUUCUCCUGAACUCGAACGAAGUCUCCAUGCUGAGGGGCAACGGAAGAGGAAGAGGACGAUCUUCAGCCGCGCGCAGCUGUCAGAACUGGAGCGCGCUUUCACCAUCACGCCGUAUCCAGACAUCACUCUGCGCGAGCGCCUGGCUGCACUCACACUGCUCCCAGAGAGCAAAAUACAGGUGUGGUUCCAAAACAGACGAGCUCGCAGCAUGAAAAGCAAGAAGUGGAGUCCAGCAGUCAGGAGGAGUCCAGGCAGGGACGUGAGCUCUCACCUUACACCUGGAGCCUUUCCACCCACCAACCUUGAUUUAGAUCCGGGACAAAUGUACGGUGCUCCAGAACAAAGAGCCAGCAGAGGCCUGCUCAGACCAGCUCUCAGUGCCUGGUCUCAGAACCUUCCUCAUCCAGAGCUGUCUGGAGGUGUCCAGUGGGGGGGCCGAGCGUCUGACACACACAGAGCUUCAUCUGUCUCCGACAGGUCGGCUCACUGUUCACACCAAAGCCAGUCAAGCGCUCACUGGCAGAUCAACUGCUUCUCAGCUCACCCUGAAGACUUCUCUGGACAUCAGCUGAAAUCUUCCUGUCCUGCCAAUCAGGUCAUAUAUUCCUCCAUGUCUGUGGACCAAGUGAUGCCUCCACAUCAGAGCAGUUUGGAGGAAGCUCUGCACAGACAGGCUCUGACACACUACCCUCAGACCUCACUGGGAGACAUCUCUGACCUCAUCUAUACAGCAGCUGUACUCACCAAUCCAGAAGACUGCUAGUCAUUCCCUUAACACUACUGUCAAACAUUCUCCAGUGAACUGACUAGUGUGUCAUUACAGUUGUUAAUAUGUGUUAAUGAAACAUGACCCCUUACCCCCUUUUAUAUUUUACUAAUUGCAAAUGUGAGUUAUAGUUUAGGACUGUCCAACAAGAUUGUGAAAAUGUGUCUAAUAUUGUUAUGCAAUCUGCCAACUUAAAAAAAAAAAAAGUUUUUGUCAGUUAGCGUUUGAUUUAAUAUUAAACAGUAUGUCUUUCUGUUGUGAUGGGGAAGUUUCCUCUGUAUUCUGUUAAGAUUUUUAC